UGUGCUCCUCGGGGCUGGUGUGAGAGUGUACUGCUGUGAGAAACAAAACCAAACCCAUCAUCCUUGAGAAAACUUUUUGUUUGGUGUCCACCCUGGACAGGCCAGCUCUCCAUGCCGCUGUGGGUGUCACUGCUGGCUCUGGCUUCUGUCAGUGGACAAUUUGCAACUGCCUCCAAACCCAUGAUUUCCCUCCAUCCUCCAUGGACAACUGCCUUCGUAGGAGAGAAGGUGAAUCUGACUUGUAAUGCAUUCCUGUCCAACUCACCGCAGGAAACGACAUGGUUCCAUCAGUACAAAUGGACAAAAACAUCAAGAGAGAUCCCAGGGAACACCUAUGAGGUUCAGGAGUCUGGCAAGUACCGAUGCCAGACCCAGGGCUCAGGCCAAAGUGAUCCCGUGAGUUUGGAGUUUACUUCAGAGGACCUGAUCCUGCAGGCCGCACCUUCGGUGUUUGAAGGAGACACGGUGGCUCUGCGAUGCCGCGAAAAGCCGGGGUCAGCCCUGAGUGCCAAGGUCAUGUACAAGGACAGCCGGUACCAGCAGGCCCUCCGUGACGGCUCUGACUUCCACAUUCACUGGGCGGCUCUGAAGCAUAACGGCUGGUACCAAUGCAAAGCGCUUAGGGAAGAUUAUAACUCUGUUGCGUCAAACAAAGUUCGAAUCCAAGUCCUAGAGCUGUUCCCAACUCCUGUGCUGAGAGCCAGCCCCUCCCAGCCCAAGGAGGGGAGCCCAGUGACCCUGACCUGUGAGACCCGGCUCCCUCCGCAGAGGUCAGAUGUCCAGCUCCGGUUCUGCUUCUUCAGAGAAGGCCAGGCCCUGGGGUCAGGCUGCAGCAACUCCCCGGAACUCCAGAUCCCGGCCAUGUGGAGUGAAGACGCUGGGUCUUACAGUUGCCAGGCUCAGACGGUGACUGUCAGUGUCGCGAAGAAAAGCCUGAAGACCCACAUACGUGUGCAGAGAGCUGUUGCCAGGGCCCAAAUACACACUCGCCCACCCCUAGAGUCGGUGUUUGAAGGACAGGAGCUGGUCCUUGUCUGCUCAGUACGCGGAGUCUCAGGGCCCUUCAGCAUCUCCUGGUACAGAAGACCCAAGCUGCAGGAUGUAGCAACAAAAAUCCCAUUUUCCCCGGAAGCAGAAUUCAGGAUCUCCACAGUGAAAAGCAGUGAUGCUGGCGAGUAUUACUGUGUAGCCAGCACCAGUUACCUCACCUUUGCCAGCAGGACAGUCACCAUCCAUGUGAGAGUUCCUGUAUCCCGUCCUGUCCUGACCCUCAUGCCUCCUGGGGCCCAGGCUCUUGAGGGAACUGAGCUGACACUUCACUGUGAAGUCCAGAGAGGUUCACUCCCAAUCCUGUAUCAGCUUUUUCGUGAAGAUACAUUGCUUCAAGAGAGAAAAACCAAUUCAUGGAGAGCAAUGUCCUUCCGCUUUUCUCUGACUGCAAGGCAUUCUGGGAACUAUUACUGCACAGCCAACAAUGGCCUGGGGGCCCAGCGCAGUGAGGCCGUGACCAUCUCAGUCAAGGUUCCUGUAUCCUGUCCUGUCCUGACCCUCAUGCCUCCUGGGGCCCGGGCUCUUGAGGGAGCUGAGCUGACACUUCACUGUGAAGUCCAGAGAGGUUCACUCCCAAUCCUGUAUGAGUUUUUUCAUGAAGAUGCAUUGCUAAAGAAGGUAGAAACCACUUUCUGGAGAGUAGGGUCCUUCCGCCUUUCUCUGACCGCAGAGCGUUCUGGGAACUACCACUGCACAGCCACCAAUGACUUUGGCCACCAGCGCAGUGAGGCCGUGACCCUUUCUGUCAUCGUUCCAGUGUCUCGGCCCGUCCUCACCCUCAGGGCUCCCAGGGACCAGGCUCUGGUGGGAGACACGGUGGAGCUCCACUGUGAGGCCCAGAGAGGCUCUCCCCCGAUCCUGUACCUGUUUUAUCUGAAUGAUGUCACCCUGGGGAACAGCUCGGCCCCCUCAGGAGGAGGAGUGUCCUUCAACCUGUCUCUGACUGCAGAACAUUCUGGAAACUACUUCUGUGAGGCUGACAAUAGCCUGGGGGUCCAGCGCAGUACAGCGGUGCCACUCCGUGUCAAAGGUGAGUUGACCCUUCCAACUAUAGCAUAACCAGGGACAGACCGUCUCCCCGCCUUCCCCAGCAGCUGAGAUCGGAGGUUCCCACAAGGCCAUUUGCUGUGUGUUGUCACAGCCGGCCUGCUGCCUACACAGCCUCCAUCUGGGAAUUCGUCUGUCUUCCACCUUCCCUCUGCUCGCUGUGCAUUUCCAGGUGGCAACACUGCAGCCAUUGUGAUCAAAACACAAACUGCAUCUUGGUCAACUGUGGUCCGCAGGGAAGGGAAUUAUCAAGUUCAGCGUGUCUCACUUCAGAAGACUUUUAGUUGGGGUUUCCUCCAUUUGUCAAGCAAUCAAAAGGCCAACGCGCUCUCUCAGACUCAUGAAUGUCUCUCUAGCCCUCCUGCCCCUGUCCCAGAGCAGCUCAGGUCCCGACCCAGAGCUCUUAGUAAAAGACUUCUCAGCAUCCUGACCCCUUCCGUGUCCCCGUUCCCGUUUAGCUCCCGCGCUCACUGCCACCUGGCCCUGCCAUGGGCUGACCAAGUCCUGCCCAACGCUCCAUGCCAGUGUGGCCCUUCACUCACAGUCUUCCUCCCUUCCCCAUUCUGCCAUCAUGCCAGGACUCUAACGUCCACACGAUGACCCAGUCGGCACCGUGGGCUGUCGCCCUCUUCACACGAGCCACGCACUCUCACAUGCACACACUACACCAGUUAUCUGACCACAGUCUCCUGUGCUUUUUCCUGCUUCUACAACUCCUCCCGUCACCGUUGUUCUCAUUCCUCCGAGACCCCCCAGUUCACUAACACCCUGUCCCUCCUGACAACGGCACCCUUGUUUCUCAGUGUCUCUGUAUCCAUCUAACUUGACCCUCCUCUUCCUAAGGAGUGAGGAGGAAGCACUCUGCUCCCUGUGAAAGGUGAGAAUCCCCAUCUGACUCUCCGUUCCAUCCUUCCUCCCACUGUCAGCAACCGUGUACAGCCCGUUCACACCUAACACGCCCCAUCUCUCCCACGUCUGAGAAGAACCCUCACUUGGUCCCAUGUUUGCCUCCAGCCACAUCUCUUACGACUAAGCUUCUAAGAAGAGUCAGCAGCACAGACUGUCUCCAUUCC